AUGAAAGUGCAAAUUGAAACCUGCAACCCAUCCAAGGUCCCACAAAACGACAUGUCAGAAGACAUGUCAGACAAAAGUGACAGCCACAACAGUCUUUUUUUUUUUCUCAACCGAGACUGUCAGAAUGAACAGGGUUCAGGAUCUCAGCAGCAGAAGGUUCACCUUGUAUCAUCAUCAGACUCAAAAUGGCACAGCACUCAAUGCAGCAGCCUAGUCACUGAAGGACUCAGCAACGGAACCUCCCUGGAGAAUGUUCAUGUUCUUUCCCACGGUAGUUCUACCAAUGAUUUUGCACUAAGACAUGAAAUCUCAAAUGAUCUGUCAUUAUCUGCGGUCGACAAACCUACCACAGUUACAGUUGAAGAAGACCUUAGCUAUGAGUUACAGCAGGCCUAUAGGAUAUUUCACGGGUUUCUCCUGGAAAAGCACAAAGGCAUUACGACUCCAUUCUUGACUCCAUUCUUGCACCCAAUCGGCCUCAAGGACCACACUGACAGGGCAGAGGGUCACCUUAAGCAGUCCAUGUGUUUCAGAAGGAUGGAGGAGAAGUUUGUUAGCCGGGAGUAUGAAACCAUCACAGAGUUUGUGGCAGACUUCAGGCUGAUGCUAGAGAACUGCUACAGGCACCAUGGGGUCGACCACUGGAUUUCUAAACAGGCACAGAAAUUGGAAAUGAUGCUUGAGCAGAAGUUGACACUGCUGUCAAGGUAAGAAAGUGCAAGCCUUGCAUACAUGCAUUCAUUACAAAGCCUACAUAUUGUACAUAGGCUACAUUCAUUCACACUUAACACACAUUCAAUUAUAUAGAUUGUCUGCUGUAGUAUUAACUAAAGAGAACACUUUUUUUUUAUUACAUAACUUAACCUUUGACAUCAGUAGUGUUUGUUUGAUCCAUGACCCAUGAAACUACUGAAGCCCUAACCCUAUGAUGCUCUCUCUGUAUCAACCUUCCCAACCAGGACACUGCGAGAGAAGACCACUCUGGCGGUGACCUCCAAGGGUCGUUUGGGGACCGAGGAUGAGAGGGGGCCUGUGGGCACCUCUACCAGACGGAGGUCCGUGCCUCGCAGCCUGGCAACUAUAACAGUGGGGGGAAAUGAGUCCAUCAUGAUCCAGGCACUCAGGCUGGAGGAGCAGCAGAGAGCCAAGGAAGAGAAGAGGUAA